ACAUAUUUAUAAUAUAAAAUACUAAUGAACACAUUUGCCUAUAUUCACUUUAAAUUUUCUUUAGUUCUUUACUAGUUAUAAUUAAUAUUAGUAUUUUAUUUACAAUGGAAUUUUAUUCGUUGAUUUUAAUAAUGUCUAUUGUCGUUUUCGCUAAGAAACCAGAUGAAGGAAUAAAUUGCAAUUGUAGACGAUUUAACAAAUACCGCGAGGAUUACAAAAAUUAUAUCAAAACAGUGGUUGGCCAUAUUCGUUCAAAUAUUGGAUUAAAUGAAAUGCUAUAUCUAAAAUUUAAAGAUGAUUCAAUUAAUACUAUCAGUGUAAUGGAAGCUUUCAAACUCGAAAAAAACUACAAUAAUUUCAAAAAUAACUAUUUUUAUACAAUAAGUCUACUAAAUUUCAAGUAUACUGAAAUACUAAAAAAUUUUCUUGAUUACAUAGAUAUUAUUCUACAAAAGUGUAAGCAAUUUCAUGAAAGAAAUUUAGAAGAAAAAUUUAUUUGUUGUGUAACAUCACUUAUAGAAGAAGUGAAAAAUUCAAAGACUAUGUUUGAAAAUCUUUACAAUGCUAUGGCGUUUAUAAGCUACAUAGAUGUCAGAUUUUUGUUUCAUGGAGCAAUUAUGCCGAAUGUUAUCAUUGACGAAAUUAACUUUUUUCUAAAAUACGUACUUCAAAAAAUAUCAGAGAACAGCCAUUUAGAUCUUAACAGACAUUUUGAUCUGAACUGCUUACCAAAUUUUCAUGACUCUGAAAUUAAUUUUAAGAGUUUAUAUGAAUUUCAAACAGUAGCAUCAAAACUAAUAAACAAUCUCUAUCAAAAUAGUAAUGUCAUCGACAUUUCUAUAAAAAACAAUUCGACAACAAUUCAAAUUAAUGAAGAUGACUUAUAUUUAGUCAAUUUAACUUGUUAUAAACUUAAAUCGUUUUAUAAUGAAAGCAUAAAAAUCUGGUAUGAAAAUCUUGGCUUUGAUCUAUUUCUCAAUUCUAAAAUACCUGAACUCAUACCUCCAAUUGAUCCAAAUAUUAAUAAAAAUAUGGCAAUUGAAGCUUUCAAUAUACUUCGACAGGAAUCUGGUUGGAAAACAAUGGAACAUAUAAAUAUAGUUUAUAAUGGAAAACUAUUUAGCGUAGAUUCUAUAAUGAAAGACCCAAUUGAUAAAAUGAAUUUUCAAAUAAAAAAAGAACAUAUAACACAAUUAAUAAGAUGUAGGUACACAGAAAUAAUUAAAAAUUACCAUGUCUUAUUAUCUGCUACAUUGUCUCAGUGCAAUUCAUAUGCAAAUCGAUUCAACUACAAUUGUUUGAUUAAAUUCUUUGACUCAGUUAACAAAUCUAAAAUGAUGUUUGAAGGUCUGCAUACAGUUUUAAUUACUUUACAGAAUUUAACAUUGUGGAGUUUUACUUUAUGGUCUCAUUCAAAUUUACAAAAUAUAUUAAAAUGGGUUGACAAUUUUAAUUCUUUAUUGAAAAACAAUGAAUUUUCUCAAGAUAAAUUUGUCGAUCAUAAUGGUAUUAAAAAAACUGAGAUUAUAGACAAAAAAUGUGAAGUUUUAAGAAAUUUACGGAAAAAAUUAUAUAUUUACUUGAAGAGCGAAUUGAGUAACAUAAACACCCGUUGUAAUAUGAAAGAACAUUUUUUUGAUAAGACCCAACUUGAAAAUCAUUUUAAGUAUUUAGCAAGUACAAUGAAUACUUCAUAUAAUGAACAGUCAAUCGAAAUGCAUCAAAAAGCAUUCAAAUUUUUUGAUGAGUUCUGUGAAUAUGUUUAUAAAUCUUGUUAUGAAAAUUUAGGAUUCAGAAAAGUUGAUCGUCUCAACAAAAGCUCCGAUGACAUAUUAAUUGUGGAUUAGAUUGAUUAUUCACCUACUUGGUUUUCAUUACAUAGUAAAUGGCCAAGUAUCAAACAGUUGAAUUUAAUAAUUAAAUUUCAUAAAAUUAUUAUUAAAUUAAUUUACUAAUCACUAGAUUACAAGUCACAUUUAAUUUUUGUAAAUUGUUUAAUAACAUUAUUUUAAAAAUGUUUAGUUAGUAUUUUUAUUAUUAAAUAUGAGUUUUAAAAAAAUAUUGUUGUAGGUGUAUAACGUUAAGAAACAUUAUUUGUUUUUAAUUUUAAUAAUAUAAAAAUAAAAAAUAAUUUUUUUAACGUAUACUUUCGAGUGUUAAAAAAAAUGUGCUGUUUAAAAAUCUUUUUAUGUUUUGUGGUUAUUUUUAUAAAGAGUUAUCAAGCGUUUACAGAGUAAUGUAGGGUUGCAUGGAACAAAAUGCAUAUACGCGCGAAUAUACUCGAUAGCUCCAUAAAAAAAUAUUCUAGAACACUACACUAUAAAACGACGCCACAUCAGUCAAUCAACCAGUUAGUUCGUCACAAGUAGACAGUUAGUACACGUAGUGCAUGCAUAUAUUGUAAAUAUUCUAAAAGUGUUUAAAUAAUAAAUCGUCUAUCUUUGUUAUCUUCUUUACGUAAA